AGUAGGCAGGACGGCGGCGGGGCUCGGCUGUGGUCGCCGUGGGUUUGCUUUAAAAGCUGCGAGCUGCCGUCGGGUGUGUUCAGAUUUUGACUGCCCGGUUAUCGUCGCCUUAACGGACCAAACAACCAAGACCCAGGCAGAGUCAAAACGAUCUAUCUUCAGCCACAAGGAGCCCUGCAGCAGGUGAAAAAAUGAGCAACAUCCCCCUCUCUCGCUCUGAGGUGUUCGGGGAGCUGAGGAAGGAGCUGCAUGAAGAUAAGGAGUUCCACCAGUCCGACGUUCACGUCUUCGUCAUCAUGGGAGCAUCGGGGGACCUGGCCAAGAAGAAGAUCUACCCAACUCUCUGGUGGUUGUUCAGAGACGGCCUCCUCCCUGAGCAGACGUAUUUCGUGGGCUUUGCUCGCUCUGACCUGACAGUUGAUGCCAUCCGGUCUGCUUGCUUGUCAUACCUGAAGGUGACAGAUACAGAAGCAGAGCGGUUGUCGGCCUUCUUCAGCAGGAACACCUACAUUAGCGGGAAAUACGCUGAUGAGGCUUCCUUCUCCAAACUCAACACACACAUUCAGUCUCUUCCCGGAGGACUUGAAGCAAACCGUCUCUUCUACCUGGCCCUGCCACCGACCGUCUACCACGACGUUACCAAGAACAUCAAGCACCACUGCAUGAGCACAAAGGGCUGGAACAGGGUGAUCGUAGAGAAGCCAUUUGGACAUGACCUUCAAAGCUCUGAGGAGUUGUCCACUCAUCUCUCCUCACUCUUCACUGAAGAACAGAUCUAUCGUAUAGAUCACUAUCUGGGCAAAGAAAUGGUGCAGAACCUCAUGGUGCUCAGGUUUGGAAACCGAAUCUUUGGGCCGAUCUGGAACAGGGACAGCGUGGCCUGUGUUGUUCUCACUUUUAAAGAACCAUUUGGCACUCAGGGACGAGGAGGCUACUUUGAUGAUUUUGGCAUCAUCCGAGAUGUCAUGCAGAACCACUUACUCCAGAUGCUCUGCCUGGUUGCCAUGGAGAAACCAGCUUCCACCAGCUCUGAUGAUGUCAGGGAUGAAAAGGUGAAGGUGCUGAAGUGUAUCGCUCCAGUGUCCAUGUCAGAUGUGGUGUUAGGUCAGUAUGAGGGGGAUCCACAGGGCGAAGGAGACGCCAGGCUGGGUUAUCUUGAUGAUCCCACAGUGCCUAAAGGAUCAACUCAGGCCACCUUCGCCACCGCUGUGCUCUACGUGCACAAUGAACGCUGGGAUGGAGUUCCUUUCAUCCUGCGCUGUGGAAAAGCCCUGAAUGAGAGGAAAGCUGAGGUGCGGCUGCAGUUCACAGAUGUACCAGGAGACAUAUUUGGAAAUCAGUGUCACAGGAAUGAGCUGGUGGUUCGUGUGCAGCCCAACGAGGCUGUCUACGCCAAGAUGAUGAGCAAGAAACCUGGUGUUUACUUCAGCCCUGAAGAAACAGAGCUGGACCUCACGUACAAGAGCAGAUACAGGGAUGUGAAGCUCCCAGAUGCUUACGAGCGUCUCAUCCUGGAUGUCUUCUGUGGGAGUCAGAUGCACUUCGUACGCAGUGAUGAACUAAGGGAAGCAUGGAGGAUCUUCACCCCUCUCCUUCAUCAUAUCGACAAAGAGAAACCGAAGCCUAUUGCUUACAGAUAUGGAAGCCGUGGCCCCACAGAAGCAGACGACCUCGCAAAGAGAGUUGGAUUUCGCUACGAAGGCACUUACAAAUGGGUCAAUCCUCACAGACUCUGAAUUGUGAUGAAUGAGGGAGGAGUAGAGGUAGGAUAGUAGGAGGGGUGCAGCAGGGUAAGGGAGCCGUCAUGUUCCAUUGCUGAGGUGUCUCUGAGGAAGGAGGUGUUUGCACUAAGUGGAUCCAUCGAGCAGCAAAGCAGCAAAGAAGUAAGAAGCUGUUUGUGGAAAAAAAAAUUCUCAGGUUUAAAAAUGAUUCCCUGGAGCCUAUUCAAGCAUUUAAAUGACAACUGUGAAUUUGCAGUGUUACAACAGACUUAUACCACAGUUGUAGUGGUAAUUUUCUUACAUUCACAGCAGCUUCCUCAAUUUGAAUCCAGAGGUGGGACCAAGUCCAUAAAAAAAAAAGUAAAAAAUCUUUGAACACAGCAAUAGUCUGAUGAAUUGGCUCCACAUCCCUGUCCCCAUUAAUUAGGUCUUAAUUGGUCAGGAUGGUAAAUGGAAUAACUGAGCAACAAAAACAGCAAAAACAAAACACUCCGCUGAGUCACGAUCACAUGAUGUAAACCAAAGAUGGUAACAGAGACGAGGAACAGGAUUGAUUGUCCACCAGCUGUCACUCUUAAGCAUUGUGAUUGUAAUACCGUUAUGCUUCGACUACAUCUUUCUUUUUACAACUUGCGUGCCCUCUUUUUAUUUUUUUUGCCUCCUCUGCCUGGGACCAAGGGUUAAGAUAAAUAGACUCUGUAGCAAAGGGCGACACAGGCAGUUUCCCUUAAAAUAAUUUGUACUGCAAUAGUCUUAAUUGUCUUUCAGGACAAACAAAACAAGCUCUGUGUCUUGUUUAGUAGCCUCCCUCUGAGCUUCAUUCCCUUUUUGUUUACAUUUUUUCCAGAUAUAUUUAAGUUGCUGACUUUGAUUCCAUAUUUCACCAUACCCAGACAGCAGCCGUGUCUGCCACAGGUCAACAUUGAAUGUCUGUAAAGGUGUACUGUAUACUGCUGUUAACUGCACACUCAUGUAAAGCUAGCUACAUUUCCAUUACUUGUAAUAAACUAGCUUUGCUUCUCUGUU